GUCUGUAGAUCUCAAGCGAUUUUCACAGCAGCGUAAUUUUCACGCUACGUGUCCUGCACGGUCCCUGCAUCCGCAUCCGAAACGAAACUUGAUCAAGAACUUGUAGUGCAGCCAUUCUAAAGGGUAAAAAAUGAAGUAUACCAUGAUUUGCAUCAGUUUGGUGUUGGCAGCAGUGAUUUGGACCUCACAUUGUGAUGAUGAUGAUGACAAGAAACCAAAGAAACUACAGAUAGGGAUCCAAAAACGAGCAGAAAGCUGUCCUAUGAAAUCCCGUAAGGGAGAUACACUUCAUAUGCAAUACAAAGGUACCUUGCACGAGACUGGAGAGGAAUUUGACAGCAGUUAUAGCAGGAACCAACCUUUUAUAUUCACCCUUGGAACUGGUCAGGUUAUCAAGGGUUGGGAUCAAGGACUUUUAGGAAUGUGUGAAGGUGAGAAAAGAAAGCUUGUUGUACCAGCAGAUAUGGGCUAUGGUGCUAGAGGUGCUCCACCAAAGAUCCCAGCCAAUGCAGCACUUGUGUUUGAAGUGGUUUUGGAUAAGAUUGUGAGACAUGGAGAUUUGUAACAUCUAGUUACUAUUAGGCCUAGUUUUGUUACUCUUUAACUAUCACAGUGCAUUGUCUUAUUUUGUCUUUUCACAUUUUUUGUCAUAUAUUUUGUCAUGUCUUUUUUCUAGAUGCAUAAAUAUGUCCUUCAGAUUUUUUUUAUCUGGCACAAAUUAAACUUCAGACAC